AAAUGGAGAUUUCAUCAUUUCUCUAACGAUUUAGAAUCUAAUAGAUUUUCGCUCAAAUCCUUGAAGUUCACGUCUUUGUAAGCUUAUCUUCCUGCAAUGAAAACUGCAGUACCUUAUUGUCUUUGCUGGUUGCCUCCUCUCCUCCUCCUCCUGCUGCUGCUCCCAGCGUCGGUUGUUGCUCAAGCUUAUAGUAACAAAACUCUGGGCUCAUCCCUCACAGCAGGAGACAGUGAAUCUUGGGCAUCAGAGUCUGGCGAAUUCGCUUUUGGAUUCCAAGAGAUUGGAACUGGGGGUUACUUGCUGGCUGUUUGGUUCAACAAGAUAUCUGAAAAGACCGUAGUUUGGUCAGCCAAUGGGGGUAAUCUAGUGAAAAAGGGAUCCAAAGUUCAACUUACUAGUGAUGGAAAUUUUGUGCUGAAUGAUCAGGAAGGUGAAAAGAUAUGGCCGGUUGAUUCUACCAUUACUGGUGUGGCCUAUGCAGCCAUGCUCGACAGUGGAAACUUCGUGCUGGUAAGGCAGGAUUCCAUUAAUUUGUGGGAGAGUUUUGAUAAUCCAACAGAUACGAUAUUGCCCACACAGGCACUGAAUCAAGGCAGCAAGCUUGUUGCUCGUUUAUCAGAAAAGAAUUACUCGAGUGGAAGAUUCAUGUUUAAGCUACGGUCAAAUGGAAGUCUGACGAUGUACACCACUGAUUUUCCACAGGAUUCUGAAAAUUUUCCUUAUUGGUCAUCACAGACUACUGGCUUUCAAGUGAUUUUCAACCAGUCCGGUUCCAUCUACCUCAUGGCGAGGAAUGGAAGCAAACUUAUGGAUGUGCUCACAAAUGAAGCUUCAACAGAAGACUACUACCAGAGAGCAAUUCUUGAAUAUGAUGGAGUUUUCAGACAAUAUGUCUACCCAAAGUCUGCUGGCUCAAGUUCUGGGAGGCCUAUGGCAUGGUCCUCUUUAACCUCGUUCGUGCCCGAGAAUAUCUGCACAAGUAUCAGGGCAGAGAUAGGCAGUGGAGCUUGCGGCUUCAACAGUUACUGCACAAUGGGAAAUGAUGACAGGCCAUACUGCCAUUGCCCUCCUCGUUACACCUUCUUGGAUCCACAAGAUGAUAUGAGUGGAUGCAAACAGAACUUUGUACCAGAGAGUUGCAGUGAAGAAUCACAAGAGAAGGGUCUGUUUGGUUUUGAAGAGAUGACAGAUGUGGACUGGCCGCUGUCAGAUUAUGGGCAUUUUACAAAAGUUACAGAGGAUUGGUGCGGACAAGCUUGCUUGGAUGAUUGUUUUUGUGAUGUUGCCAUUUUUGGAGAUGGGGGGGAUUGUUGGAAGAAGAGAACCCCUCUCUCAAAUGGGAGGACUGAGUCUAAUAAUGGACGAAGAAUUCUGAUUAAAGUACGGAAAGACAAUUCUACUUGGGAACCCAGAAGUGAAGGUAACAAAGAUCAGUCAACUUUGAUCAUCACAGAAUCUGUGCUGCUAGGUGGCUCUGUUUUUCUGAAUUGCCUUCUCCUCCUAUCAGCUUUUAUGUACAUCUUCCGUAAGAGAAAGUCAAAGACUCUUCAGCCACACCAGGCCAUGAUGGGGGCAAAUCUAAAAAAUUUCAGUUACAAGGCGCUAGAAGUGUCUACCGAUGGCUUCAAGGAUGAGCUGGGAAGGGGAGCUUUUUCAACAGUUUACAAAGGGACUCUAGCCCAUGAUAAUGGAAAAUUAGUUGCAGUAAAGAAGUUGGACAGGAUGGUGAGAGGAGUGGAGGUGGAAUUUGAAACAGAAGUGAGUGCAAUUGGCCGAACAAAUCACAAGAAUCUAGUCCAGCUCCUGGGGUUCUGCAAUGAGGAGCAACACCGGCUUCUUGUAUACGAGUUCAUGAGCAAUGGUUCUUUGGCAACCUUCCUAUUUGGAAACUCAAGGCCAGACUGGUAUAGAAGAACACAGAUCAUCUUAGGAACUGCAAGAGGGCUCUUGUACUUGCAUGAAGAGUGCAGCACCCAGACCAUACAUUGUGACAUCAAGCCUCAAAAUAUACUCCUGGAUGACUUUUUAACAGCAAGGAUUUCAGAUUUUGGGCUAGCCAAGCUUUUGAAGACAGAUCAGACUCGGACUACGACUGGAAUCAGGGGAACCAAGGGGUAUGUUGCCCCUGAAUGGUUCAAGACAGUGCCAGUUACCGCCAAGGUUGAUGUUUACAGCUUUGGAAUUGUGCUGCUAGAGCUCAUUUUCUGCCGGAAGAAUUUUGAACCAGCAGUGGAGGAUGAAAAUCAGAUGGUAUUGGCUGAUUGGGCAUAUGACUCCUACCUAGAAAGGAAACUGGAUCUAUUAGUGGAAAAAGAUCAGGAGGCACUGGAUAACAUGGAAAAGCUGGAGAAGUUUGUGAUGAUAGCAAUAUGGUGCAUUCAGGAGGAUCCAUCUCAAAGACCAACCAUGAAGAAAGUCACACAGAUGCUAGAAGGAGCCAUCGAAGUUCCUCUUCCUCCAGACCCAUCCCCAUUCUCCAAAUCAUUUCCGCAUCAACCAUUAUUGUGUCGUAGAAACUGAUUCAACAGCAAUCCUUGUAGGGUUAUUAAUUCUUCAAAUCUUUGUAGGGAUUCUUUUUUCUCUUUUCUUUUUUCUUUUUUUCCUUUUUGUUCAUCCCUCAACAUUAAGAUGAAUAAAUUCAUUCUCAUUGGUAACUCA